CAUCUUGCCCCCCCCCACCCCAACCACGUCCCCGCUGAACCACCCUUUCCCUUUCGACACUUUCAGCCCCCCACCCCGCCCUUUUCCAAGCGUGUCCCGGGCCGCUGCCGCAGAAACCGCACCAUCUCUAACCCCACAUUCUCCACGCGGGACGCCCAGCCGUGUCUACAAGUGUUCUUAGAGCAGAGAUGAAUAAUACUGCAGCCAGCCCCAUGUCUGCUGCCACUUCAAGCAGUGGAAGAAGCACAGGGAAGUCUAUAAGCUUCACUGCAGAAUUGCAGAGUAUGAUGUUUUCUUUAGGUGAUGCUCGGAGGCCUCUUCAUGAAACAGCAGUUUUGGUAGAAGAUGUAGUGCACACACAGUUAAUUAAUCUGUUACAGCAAGCUGCUGAAGUUUCUCAGCUUCGGGGAGCAAGAGUAAUCUCUGCUGAAGAUCUUCUGUUUCUGAUGCGCAAGGAUAAGAAAAAACUUAGAAGACUGCUAAAAUACAUGUUUUUCCGAGACUACAAAUCAAAGAUUGUCAAAGGCAUUGACGAGGAUGAUCUUCUGGAAGACAAAUUGAGUGGCAGCAAUAAUGUAAACAAAAGACAAAAAAUCGCUCAAGACCUUCUCAACUCUAUUGACCAAACAGGAGAACUCUUGGCAAUGUUUGAAGAUGAUGAAAUUGAUGAAGUUAAACAAGAAAGAAUGGAGAGAGCAGAAAGACAAACUCGAGUUAUGGAUUCAGCUCAAUAUGCAGAAUUCUGUGAAAGUCGACACUUAAGUUUCUCCAAAAAAGGGUCCAAAUUUCGAGACUGGUUGGACUGCGGUAGUAUGGAGAUAAAGCCCAAUGUUAUUGCUAUGGAAAUUUUAGCAUAUUUAGCGUAUGAAACUGUGGCACAGUUGGUGGAUCUGGCUCUUCUUGUGAGGCAGGACAUGGUAACCAAGGCAGGAGACCCCUUCAGCCAUGCCAUUUCUGCCACCUUCAUUCAGUACCACAACUCUGCUGAGGGGUCUUGCAUGAAGCCCUAUCCAGAGUCUCCUGAGAACACACCUCCUCCUACACCAACAGCCCCAUCAGCAGGCUCACAGCACCCGGGGAAGACAUCAGGAUCCCUAGGGAAUGGGAGUGCUGGACAAGACUCAGCUAAGACCAAACAAAGGAAAAGAAAAAAGAGCACUGCGGCCUGUGGUGUUGAGGCUCACAGCGAUGCCAUCCAGCCCAGCCACAUCAGAGAGGCCAUCCGACGCUACGGCCACAAGAUUGGCCCCCUUUCCCCAUUCACAAGUGCCUACCGCAGGAAUGGGAUGGCUUUUCUGGCCUGCUGAUGCGCCUGCGACUGCAGCAACAGGAAAGGCGAUGUUGUAUUAAGUUUGUAGAACUUCUUGACUUUGUGGCUUGCCAAAUGGUCUUCCAGUCAGGUUUUCCCAGUUUAUAUUCUCAUUAACAAUGUUUGAAAGUCAGUUUCCUUGUGCCUGCACCAACACUGGAUAUCAUUACCGUUUAUAAUCUUUUCUAAUUUGAAGAAGGGG